GCCUCCAACGUCUCUCCUGGAUGGGGCCGGUGAGAGUGCACGCCGCACGGUCAUUGUAAAGUCUACUGCGGCUGCGCACGAGGAGCAAGGAACGAGGACGAUCACCUUUUCCGCAGGCAUCUGGACCUCCGUGGCAGUUUUGGCUAACUUAACGUUGGCUGGUCUCUUCCCCGGACACUGGACAGAAUUGUCAGAUAAUCUUUUGCCCUCGCUUCCUCUCCAAGCCAACAACGUGUUCGACCAACACAUCGUUCUUCACUUCCCAUGAUCUUCACUCUGGUUUCUUGAUCUUCUUUGGUUCUGUCCGGCGCAUUCUGGCCCUUUGUGCCGCUUCCAUUCGCUAAUCAUCACUUGUUCGAUCGUCAACCAUGUCCACUGACGUACGGCUCCACGUCUCCUGGUUGAGCCGCGUGGUGCUUCUAUUCGGCUGCUUAUCUCACGCCUUCUAUAUUCCAGGCUACUCAAUACGAAGUUAUCAGGAAAACGAGAACCUCCCUCUACUCGUAAACAAGGCGUACUCGGACAAAAGUCAGCUUCAGUACGCCUAUUUCGACUUACCUUUCGUCUGUCCUCCCACGGGCCAUAAGCACGAUGGCCUAUCUCUGGCAAGCGGUCACAGUGUGCCGCUCAACCUGGGCGAAGUCCUGCGUGGUGACAGGAUUAAAGCGUCCGAUCUGGAAAUCAAUAUGGGACAGGACAUUGACUGUCAAUACUUGUGCGACCGAGUUGUCGGUCGGAAAGAGAUGCAGUGGGCUCAACAGCUGAUUGAAGAGGAUUACGUGGUAGAAUGGAUCCUCGAUAACCUGCCCGGAGCCACCUCAUUUGUGACCGUCGAUCGCAGUCGGAAAUACUACGCAGCCGGCUUCAAAAUGGGAUAUAAAGACUUUGAUAUUGCGACAGGGAAAGAGAGGUACUACUACUAUAAUCACUAUACCUUGGUCGUACGCUGGCGUCCGGCUGGCGGCAGGGCGGGCGACCACGGCAACAAAGUCGUCGUGGGAUUCGAAGUAUAUCCCAAGAGCAUCUCGGCGGGUCACCGCAACGAGACUGGUUGUCCUCUGGACGUGACCGCGGAUCUGGAUCCUCUGGCAAUAUACAUUCCCAACAACAGCAGCAACUUGGAGGAACAAUUCCCCGACUCCUCCUAUAUACCCGAAGAGGUGAUCGACCUUGACGACGGCGCCACGAUGAUUAUCCCAUACACUUAUUCCGUUUACUUCCGAGAAGAGAAAGAGGUGGAAUGGGCCAAUCGCUGGGAUCUAUACUUUAGUGACCAGGCGGAAAGCUCCUUUACACACUGGCUGGCUAUUGUGAACUCUGUGAUCAUAUCCGGAAUCCUGGGUGCAGUUUGCAUUGUGAUCUGGGGCCGGACAAUGCAGGGUGAUGUCAAAGGUCGCGGAGAUGGUGUGCUUGAGGAAGCCAGACUACGCAUCGGCAAAAGGAGUGACAAAAAGAAAUCGACCACUGGUUUACUCGAGAAAAUCUCGGAGACUGGACCGGAUUUCGACGACUUGUCGUCCGACGAAGAGUCAUUGGAGGAAGUCAGCGGCUGGAAACUGCUUCACGGGGACGUUUUCAGACCCCCUCCAUAUGGCGGGCUUCUUGCGCCGCUUGUGGGUUCUGGCAUACAACUCGUUUUCAUGAUUGCGGGACUGCUGGGACUCAGCUGCGCCGGGGUUCUGAACCCUAGCUGGCGAGGUGGAUUCUGGAGCGUCGGUGUUGGUCUUUUUGUCUUCGCUGGAGGCUUCUCGGGCUAUUUCUCUGCGCGCGUAUACAAGACUUUUGGUGGACAGAACUGGCGCAAGAACACAAUGAUGACGGCACUCCUAUUCCCGGGACUGCUCUUCGCCCUCAUAUUUGUGCUCAACCUUUUUACCUGGGCGCAGGCAUCCUCGACCGCCCUUCCCUUCUCGACUUUACUGGCCUUGGCUUGUCUUUGGCUCCUCAUACAACUUCCUCUGGUGCAUCUUGGUUCGUACUAUGGCUUCCACCGUUCACCUGUCUGGGAACAUCCGACGCGCACGAAUGCUGUACCCCGACAAAUCCCUGCGCAGUUGUGGUACACCAAGCACCAGAUUGCGCUUGUUCUGGGCGCCGGUCUCGUAUCGUUUGCGGUGCUCUUUAUCGAACUCAUUUUUGUCUUCAAGUCGGUUUACCUCGACAAAUCAUCCUACUACUAUGUCUUUGGCUUUUUGAGCAUCAUUUCGGCUCUGCUCUCUAUCACCAUAGCCGAGACGGUCAUCAUCACAACAUACAUACAGCUUUGCGCGGAGAAUUAUCACUGGUGGUGGCAGUCGUUUUUUGUGGGCGGCGCAUCUGGAUUUUGGAUUUUUGUCUAUUCGAUGUGGUAUUAUACCACUCGAUUGCAUAUCGACGGGUUUGUGAGCAGUCUGUUGUUUUUCAGCUACAGUGCACUGGCAUGUGCAGUCUAUUCACUGGCGACAGGGACGAUUGGGUUCCUGACGGCGUAUAUGUUUGUUCGUCGCAUAUACAGUGGUGUCAAGGUGGAUUGAGACUUGGAGAGGGCAAACACCACGACACUUUAUGAAGUACGGGCAACGAGAAAGGUCUCACGCUAGAAUUGUACAGCAUAAAACCUAGUACGAUAUAAUGCACACAGCAAUUAAUAACAAGGAGCCUUAUUCCUGGU